AACGGUUCUGCAUAGUUUUGGUUUUCAUUAUUUUUAUUUCAAAAUCACAUAUAACUCGUUGCGUUGACAUCUUGGCUCUUCAUAUCCUCUUCCGGUCGGGCCACUAUUCCUCCAUUUUGUGCGUUUGUGAUCUCUACCACGUCGGGUUUACCUGAGGCACCAUGAGUUCCCUCAAGCUUCAGAAGCGGCUUGCCGCUUCGGUUAUGCAAUGCGGCCGUAAGAAGGUGUGGUUGGAUCCUAACGAAAUUAAUGAGAUCGCCAAUACUAACUCAAGACAAAACAUCCGUAAACUCAUCAAGGAUGGUCUAAUCAUCAAAAAGCCUGUGGCUGUGCACUCACGUGCUCGCGUCCGCAAAAAUACUAUUGCCAGGCGCAAGGGGAGGCACUGUGGCUUUGGAAAGAGGAAAGGUACUGCCAAUGCCCGUACGCCGCAGAAGGAACUGUGGGUUAACCGUAUGCGUGUGCUCAGACGACUUCUGAAAAAGUAUAGGGAAGCCAAGAAAAUUGAUAGACAUCUGUACCACCAGCUGUACAUGAAGGCGAAGGGUAAUGUCUUUAAGAAUAAGCGUGUACUGAUGGAGUUCAUCCACAAGAAGAAGGCUGAGAAGGCUAGGACCAAGAUGUUGAAUGACCAAGCAGAGGCCCGCCGUAUGAAAGUCAAGGAGGCGCGCAAACGAAGGGAGGAGAGAAUCAACCAGAAGAAGCAGGAGCUUUUGCAGUCAUACCAAGAUGAGGCUGUUGCUGCCAAGAAGUAAUGUUUUUGUCAUAAGUUUAUUAAAUGAGCCGUCUCAUUA